AUGAGGCGAAGCGUCGUGCUGGCGGCCAUCCAGCAGUCGAGUGGCGUCGCAGCCACCGCUCCAGAUGGCACACCAACACCGCCACCCAGCAGCAGCAAGAUCCGAGUUCUCUCCGAUGUGUCUAGGACCGCAAACGGCGCCGGCUUCGGCCCGCUCCUCGGGCGCAAGCCCUUCAAGUCGCCCUCAUUCGCCUCCAAACGCCAAGACGCCGAUGCAAGCGGAAGGAAGCGCGCCCGAGUCAGCUACAAGGGUAUGGACGGCGCCGCAAACGAUGACGGCUCCGAGGCCGAAGAGGGCUCCGACGACGACGGCGCCGGCGGCAAGCCGGCAAAGAAGAAAAAGACGUCCAAGGGCUCGGCAAAGACGCUCGAGGGCGUGUACAAGGGCAUCGACGCCACCGGCGUCUCGCUCAACGUCGACAGGAGAAAGUGGGCCACUUUUGCCGUAAAACCCGACGCCAUCAAAAAGGGCUUCGCCGUGCCCAUGAUGCGCAGCAAAGACGGCCAGGUGGUCGAGGUCCGCGCGUCCAACGCCGCGCUCGGCACGCGCAGGAGCGGCGAGAUCCCCCCGCGCCCGCUGCACGACCCUAUGGGCGAGCACGCCAUCGUCCUCUUUGACCCCACCGUCGACGACAAGGACGCCGAGCGCCGCAAGGAGGAGCUCCAGAAGAAGCAGGAGGAGGAGGAGGCCAAGAUCGAGGCGGGCGGCAAGGGCCCGCACAAGAGCCUCGCCGAGAUCCUCGGCCUCAACAACGUCAAGAAAAAGGAAGUCGAAAAGGUGCCCGUCGUCAUCGACCCGAGGCUUGCCAAGGUGCUGCGUCCGCACCAGGUCGAAGGUGUCAAGUUCCUCUACCGAUGCACGACCGGCCUCAUCGUCGACAACGCUUUUGGCUGUAUUAUGGCCGACGAGAUGGGUCUCGGAAAGACGCUGCAGUGCAUUGCGCUCAUGUGGACGCUGCUUAAGCAGUCUCCGAAGCCGGGCAAGUCGACAAUCGAUAAGUGCAUCAUCGCGUGUCCGUCGUCGCUGGUCCGCAACUGGGCAAAUGAGCUGGUCAAGUGGCUCGGUGCUGCCGCGCCUGGCACGUUUGCCCUCGAUGGCAAGCUCAGCAAGGAGGAGAUGAUCGAGGCGGUCCGCAGGUGGUGCAGUGCUUCGGGUCGUUCGGUCACGCAGCCUGUCAUGAUCGUGUCCUACGAGACGCUGAGGAACCUGCAGGAGGAGCUGGGCAACACCGAAGUAGGCCUGCUCCUCUGUGACGAGGGUCAUCGGCUCAAGAACGCAGAGUCACUCACGUUCCAGGCCCUCAACCAAAUCAAGGUCCGUCGCCGUGUCAUUCUGUCCGGCACGCCAAUCCAGAACGACCUGUCCGAGUACUUUGCGCUGCUCAACUUUGCCAACCCGGAGCUGCUCGGCUCCAAGACAGAGUUCCGCAAGAACUUCGAGCUGGCCAUCCUCAAGGGGCGCGAUGCCGACGCCACGGAGAAGCAGCAGCAGGAGGGCAACGAGAAGCUGGCGCAGCUCUCGGCCCUGGUCAGCAAGUUCAUCAUCCGCCGCACCAACGACUUGCUGUCCAAGUAUCUGCCGGUCAAGUACGAGCACGUCGUCUUCUGCAAGAUGUCUUCGUUCCAGCUGGACCUCUACCGCCUCUUUAUCCGCUCGCCCGAGAUCAAGAAGCUGCUGCGCGGCACGGGCUCGCAGCCGCUCAAGGCGAUUGGCAUCCUCAAGAAGCUGUGCAACCACCCGGACCUGCUCGACCUGCCGCACGACCUUGACGGCAGCAAAGAGUUCUUCCCCGAGGGCUACACGCCACGCGACCGCCGCCAGGUGUAUCCGGAGCUGUCGGGCAAGAUGAUGGUGCUGCAGCGCUUCCUCGAGACGAUCCGUGCCACCACCAACGACAAGAUUGUGCUCAUCUCCAACUACACGCAGACGCUCGAUGUCUUCGAGCGCAUGUGCCGCGCCAACCGCUGGGGCAACUUCCGCCUCGACGGCACCAUGACGGUCAACAAGCGCCAGAAGCUCGUCGACAAGUUCAACGACCCCGAGGGCAAGGAGUUCAUCUUCCUGCUCAGCUCCAAGGCCGGAGGGUGCGGCCUCAACCUCAUCGGCGCCAACCGCCUCGUCCUCUUCGACCCGGACUGGAACCCGGCGUCGGAUCAGCAGGCGCUCGCCCGUGUGUGGCGAGACGGGCAGAAGAAGGAUUGCUUCGUCUACCGCUUCAUCGCCACCGGUUCCAUCGAGGAGAAGAUCCUGCAGAGGCAGUCGCACAAGCAGUCGCUCUCUUCGUGCGUCGUCGACGAGGCGCAGGACGCGGCGCGCCACUUUUCGGGCGAGGACCUGCGGGCGCUGUUCCAGUUCAAGGAGAAUACGCUUUGCGACACGCACGACACGUACAAGUGCAAGAGGUGCAAGGAAGGGCGGCAGUGGAUCAAGGCGCCGGCGCUGCUGUACGGCGACACGAGCACGUGGAACCAUUACCCCAAGGACCAGAUGCACCAGCUGCACGACGACCUGCUGCGCGCCGAGACCAACCACGACGACGUCUCGUUUGUCUUCCAGUACUGCAGCCACUAG